CACACACUCGCUCGUCUAGGUACGUUGCCAACAGACACACAACGACAAGUGUGUACGACUCAUACACAGUAUCUAAACGCUUCUACCGUCGCCGAACAAGAAUCUAGCCUAGAUUCCGCCGCCAACAUGUCGGACGACGAUGACUUCAUGCAGGCAUCGGACGAGGAGAACUACGACUUCGAGUAUGAGGAUGACGACGAAGCGGAGCAGGGUGGCGAUAUCGAUGUUGAGAACAAGUAUUACAACGCCAAGCAGAUGAAGGCCGAUGCGCCGGAGGAGGCAAUCGAAGAGUUCCUGGGCGUGCCAGCACUAGAGCAAGAAAAGGGUGAUUGGGGGUUCAAAGGCUUGAAGCAAGCCAUCAAGCUCGAGUUCAAGCUUGCUCGGUAUAAGAAGGCUGUCGAGCAUUAUAAUGAGCUACUCACGUACGUCAAAUCAGCUGUCACCCGCAACUACUCCGAGAAGUCGAUCAACAAUAUGCUCGAUUUUAUUGAGAAAAAUGCGGAGGGCGAGGCCGCACAUGACUGCAUGGAGCAGUUCUACUCAGCAACCCUCGAAUCGUUCCAGGCAACCAACAACGAGCGAUUAUGGCUAUCCACAAACACAAAGCUUGCUCGACUGUAUCUCGCCAACAAAGACUACCCACGAUUGACAGCGAAAGCGAGAGAGCUGCACAAGGCAUGUCUACGCGAAGACGGCACUGAAGAUCCAAGCAAGGGCACCUACUCCAUGGAAGCCUACGCUCUCGAAAUACAAAUGUACGCCGACACCAGGAACAACAAGCGUCUCAAGGGCUUGUAUGAGAAGGCGCUCAGCGUCCGAUCUGCCGUGCCACACCCAAAGAUCAUGGGUGUGAUCCGCGAAUGUGGUGGGAAGAUGUACAUGAGCGAGGAGAACUGGAACGCUGCGCAGGCUGACUUCGGCGAGUCAUUCCGCAACUACGAUGAAGCGGGCUCACUGCAGCGCAUACAGGUGCUGAAGUAUCUUGUCCUGACAACGAUGCUGAUGGGCUCGGACAUCAACCCGUUCGAUUCGCAAGAGACGAAACCUUACAAGAAUGACCCUCGCAUUGCAGCCAUGACCGAGCUCGUUGACGCCUACCAGCGCGACGACAUCACGCAAUACGAGAACGUCUUGAAGAAGAAUCAAGAUCUGCUCGCCGAUCCUUUCAUUGCCGAGAACAUCGACGAAGUCACGCGCAAGAUGCGCACCAAGGCUGUCGUUAAGCUCGUGGCACCGUACACUCGCUUCCGUCUCGACUUCAUCGCCAAGCGCCUUAGCAUUUCCAUCGCUGAAGUGCAAGAUAUCGUGGGCUUCCUCAUCAUGGACCAGAAGCUCCGAGGCAAGAUCAACCAGGAUGCCGGAACCGUCGAGAUUGAGAGCCGCGCGGACCAGGACCGGAUGACCGCCGUAGCGGAGUGGACAGACGCGAUCAGAUCAUUAGCCUCGUUCGUGCUGAAUGAGGGCGAAGGCUUCAAGUCGGACGACGCUGGGCUUGGUGGGGCAGGAGGCAGGCCCGGCGGCAUGGAGAGCUUCGCAAGCGCGCCCGAUGCCCUGCUUUCAACACAGCGCACGGCGAAAACGGGUGGCAGAAAGCCGAACCGUGGCGCUGGCGGCAAAUGACGUGCAGAUGGAUGUACGGUGAUUAAGUCAAGUGAAGAAAGGUAAGCUUGAUGCGCAUUAAACUGGUUCACACACAGUGGGCCUAAGUGCAGAUCGAACGCCACGGUUCUUGACGCGACGAAGAUGUGGCGGCUAUCAGAAGGUAUUUGGAAGCACCACUGCCCUGAGCACCCUCACUUGCGGAUGGACGAAAUGGUUCUGAUCGAUGGUCCGACGACUCGGCAACUCUCAGCACUGAAGCAGAUCGUUUACCGUCACACCGGAUACGCAAGGUGCGCUCGCGGACAAUCUCGGGCGUCGAGUCUGUGCUCGUUGCACAGAAC